CCUUGCCCUGGGCCCGGGCUGUGCCCGCCCGCAGCCCGGCCCGCGUCCCCGCGCAGCGCCGCCCGGCCGGGUGCAUGCAUUGUGGGCCUCCCGACAUGGUCUGCGAGACGAAGAUCGUGGCCGCCGAGGACCAUGAGGCGCUGCCGGGGGCCAAGAAGGACGCGCUGCUCGCCGCCGCCGGCGCCAUGUGGCCCCCGCUGCCCGCCGCGCCCGGGCCGGCCGCAGCGCCCGCCGCGCCCCCGCCCGCGCCGGGCCCCCAGCCCCGCGGCGGCGCUGGGGGCGCGGGGCAGCCGGGGGGGCGCGGCGUGUACAUCCGUGAGUUCCGCGCGGCCGAGCAGGAGGCGGCGCGCCGCAUCUUCUACGACGGCAUCAUGGAGCGCAUCCCCAACACGGCCUUCCGCGGCCUGCGGCAGCACCCGCGCACACAGCUGCUCUACGCCCUGCUGGCCGUGCUGUGUUUCGCCCUGACCCGCUCACUGCUGCUGACGUGCCUGGUGCCAGCGGGGCUUCUGGGCCUCCGCUACUACUACAGCCGGAAGGUGGUCCUGGCUUAUCUGGACUGCGCCCUGCACACAGACAUGGCCGACAUCGAGCAGUACUACAUGAAGCCCCCGGGCUCCUGCUUCUGGGUGGCUGUGCUGGACGGCAACGUGGUGGGCAUUGUGGCGGCACGGGCCCACGAGGCAGACAACACGGUGGAGCUGCUGCGUAUGUCCGUGGACUCACGUUUCCGUGGCAAGGGCAUCGCCAAGGCGCUGGGCCGCAAGGUGCUGGAGUUCGCGCUCGUUCACAACUACUCGGCGGUGGUUUUGGGCACAACGGCCGUCAAGGUGGCCGCACACAAGCUCUACGAGUCGCUGGGCUUCAGACACAUGGGCUCAAGUGACCACUACGUGUUGCCCGGCAUGACCCUGUCGCUGGCCGAGCGCCUCUUCUUCCAGGUCCGCUACCAUCGCUACCGCCUGCAGCUGCGCGAGGAGUGAGCACUGCCUGCCUGCCCGCCGCCCACCUGCCGCCCGGCCACCCCGUCCGCCCGUGCCCGCCUGCCCACCACCCGGGCCCGCUUGCAGGCACUCCCCUUGGCGUUUGUGGUGGGUGUUUCCUUUCCACCAUCACGCGGUUCUCCGGCUGGCUUUCUGGGGAGCAUGGGGCCGCGGCUCCUGUGUGACACUCUCGGGACUGGUUGUGUGUAGCCCCAGCCCCUCGCCCCUCACCCCCCCAGCCUGCUGGGGUUUCGUCCUGAAGAGUGACAGCAUGGACCGCCACGGGCCCACGUGGCUGCUCAGCCUGCACGUGGGUCCCCUCCAGGCCCACCGAGCACAGAGCCUCUGUGGCACGGCCCCCACCCGGCAGAUCCCGAGCCGCCAGCCAGGCUGUGGCCCCGGGAGACCAGACCUACUGGUCUGGGUCAUGCCGACUGGGCUGGCCGGCCACUGGCCCGCGGGGCACCGAGCUGGCCACGGGUCCCGCUUCGCUCCGUGCAUGCUGAGGACAUGGCCUGGCUGCCGCAUGCCCACGGCCCUCUGCCCUGCCGCCCCGCUCAGCCUGGGCCGACACCGGGCAGUGCCCCCACCCAGCCUGCCAGCCAGCCGUGGCCGCCCACCUGCGCUCGGGAAGGCUGGCCUGCCUCUCACCACCCCUGCUGCCCCUGUCCCAGCUCUGCUUUGACACCGAGUCACGAGUCACAUUUCUUUCCUUUUGGUCCCUGCCCCUCCCCCACCCGGGCUUCACUGAUGGCAUCAUCAUCCAGGUGUGGUUCCCGCAGCCACCUGUGGCCCAGCCUGGUCAGGGUCUUUCAGGAGAGCAGGGUUGGGACGCAGUGGUGCGGUCGCCUCCCCCCAGGCCCAGCUGGAUGAUGGUGGCCUUUCCCAGACCUCCCUGAGGACUGCUCUGCCUCACGGCUCAUGGGCUCUGCCCGGUGAAUCUUCCAUAAGCCAGGCCGCUGCCCACACCACCGAGCCCACAGCUUCUCCCAGCCUGAAACCGACCCAUUUUUUAAUAAGUUAUUUAGACAGAAUAGCACUCUGCAUGACUUUAAUUCUUGGGACAAAAUGGUAGUUGAUACCUUAACACACACGCACGCACACACACACACACACACACAUGUGUGGUCUAGAAUAUGCACUAUUUCUGGCCCAGUUUGGUGGGGGCGGGUGGCCGGGUGAGUAGAGUGUUUCAGAUUUUGAAAUCUGGAGUGAGACCCUGACUUAGCACUCUUUCCCUCAAAGAGCAUUUCUGGUCUGUGUGGAGGCUCUGGGCUGCCCCCCUCCAGCCUCGACUUGUGGGACAGAGGUCAGCAAUGGCGGCAAUUUCCCUGCUGACCCUGGAAGGAGUGAGUGCUGUCCACUUUGGCCAGGAGGCGGGUGUGGCAGCCUGGCUGUGCUCCUGGCCUCUCCUUUCGGGGUGGGCGGUGGCGGUCAGGUGUGGGGUGGCCUGAGUGGGUGGAGGAACGGGGUCGUUGGCAGUGGCCACGUGUCCAGCUUGUGAGCCUGGACCUGGCCGUGGUGGCAGGAGGGCCGUUGGUGCCCAUUGAGGCCCCUUUAUUUUGGGAGCUGGGAAAGGGGGAGUGGCAGGCACUGUGGGCCAUGCAGCUGGGUCCUACGUAGGGGACACAGAGGGGACAUUCUCAGGUGCUUUGGGAACAAGCAAAUGUGUGAAGCAAGCCCAGUGUCCCGAGGGGCCUUUCUUGCUGUCUGCAAAUGAGAUAUUCGUAGAACAUUGUACAGACCCCGCUCUCCCCUGUACAUUUCUCCCUGGUGGCGUCCGGUCCCUUCUUGGGGACGGGGGUUUUGUAGACUGUACAGAAAUCGGCACCCUAUUUUCUUGCAGCUCUCAGAUUUUGUUAAUCUGGAUUAUACAGACAGACGUAAAGUGUUUUAGCAAAAUGGAAAACAAACAGUUGUGCCUUUUUCCUCUUUCUGUUUAGUUUGGUUUUGGCUUGGGGUGGCCUUGGCUGGCGUUGGGCGUGUUGGGGGCUGCGGCUGGUCUGAGGCCUGGUGGGGCAGGUAGGAUAGGUGGGCGCCACGUGGGCCCAGCCUGGUGGGCAGUGUCUUGUCAGUGGGAGCCUGGGGCUGCUGCGGCUUCCGUUGAUCCUGUGCCUUUGGAGCCUGGGGUCCCUGGUGUGGGGACAUGUGGGUGGGGGCCAGAGCUGCCAGCAUCUGGGUGACAUUGGCCAAAGCAGGUGGCCCCAGUUGCUCCUGGGAAGACAUGUGGCCCUCCCCUAUCCUACUGGUGUCUGUCUGUUCAUGUAGGAUCUAUGGGCUGGUGGGGGGGGCAGGGACUGCAGUGUCUUUCCCAGUCUGGUGGCCCAGGGUGGCCUGUGGCACUGGCUGGGUGUACCCUGUGCUUGGGACAGGGUCUUUGCCUGGCCCAUGUGCAGCUUGGCAGCCCCCAAGAUCACCAGGGGAGCAGAUUCCCCAUCCUUUCCCGGAGCCAGAGGCUGGGCAUACUCGUGGGGGAUGCCUAUCCCUGGGUGGCCACUUCCCUCCAGCCUGGGAGCUAAUCCUCCACAAACGUGCACCGAGAUGUGAAUUUUAUACAUUUGUAGAAAUUCUGAUGUUACUACUUCUACCUCUGUGAAGCACCUGCCUGGGUUUCCACUCAGUGGUGUGUCUGGGCAGCUCUCUGCACUGGCAGGCCCUGGGCACCCCCCCCCCCCCCAACACCGCCGCUGGCCUCCUGGGCCUCCCCCAGUGGCUCCUGCUGAGGCCUUGGGAAAGCAGGCCCCCAGACAUGGCCCCCAUGCUCAGGAGACAAGGCUCCUAGGACUUUUGGAAGCCUCUGUUUUUGGAUGGGAAAGCGGGAGGUGGAGUGUUCCAGAAUGUUUUUGUUGGAUGAGCCUGGAACACAAGCCCAGUGGGCAGCUCCGGGCAGUGGGAUGCAGGGCAGCUGAGACCUCUAGCCUCUCGGGAUGGCUCAGUGUCACCAGUGUUCCUGGGGCAGCACCCACUGCCCAGGGAAGGGGUCUGAGGAGAGCUGGGAUUGUCUGUGGAUGCCGAGGUUGUUCCCCUCUCCCCUGUACCCGCUUCUAGCCAGGCCUCCCAUUGCUCCCCUUGAGUGAAUAGGGCAGAGAGAUGGGCCAGCCUAUCUCAAGCAAGGUAGGGGGUGGCCCUACAGCUGGGCUGAGGACACGAGGUCCUCAGGCAGCCCCCAUUCUGGCCUGGUUGUCCUUCCUCAGAGAAGACCUUUCCAGUGGACAGGCUGGGGGCUGCUCUUCACAUGGCUUCCUUGGGAAUCUGGCAAGUGCUCGGGAGGCUCUUGCGCCACAGCGAGUCAUGCUGGCAGUGUGAGUGCCCACCCCUACCUGCCCCGCCCCCCUGGCCCGCUCCUGAUUGCCCCUGCCCACCCUGCCCUUUCCCUGCCUACCCCUGCCCCCUUGCCUGCCCUUGCCACCCUGGCCUGGCCCUGCCCGCCCUGGCCUGCCCCUGUCUGCCCUAGCCUGCCCUUGCCCACCCUGGCCUGCUAUGGCCCACCUCUGUCCGUCCCUGGCCCGCACCUGCCCGCCCCUGCCCACCAUGGCCUGCUCUAUGUGGCUUUGAGCCUGGCCCCUCGCUGGGCUGGGACCAGGUCAGGGGCUAAGCACAGAGCCACCCCCCUGUCUGUGUCCAGGGAAUGGCUGACAGUGGUCCCCAAGCCUUGGGAGCCUGGCCCCCAUCCCCAGCAGGUGGGCAACAUGGACCCUGUGUUCAUUUGAAGCUGCUUUUAGGACUCUGUUUUGGCCACAGCCGGUGUUCCUGUGCUGGUGGGCCUUUGGCUGAGGCCUUCUGGGGCUUGUGUUCUGGGCUGGGUGUGGGGUAGAUCCUGGAAUGUUUGCUCUUUGGUGCCGCAGGUGGGGCAGCCCAGGGCCUGGGGUGGGGGAGGAGGGACUCCGACCUGUCAUUGUUGGAUGUAUUUUUUUUUAACAGCAAUAAUUAGCCAUUUUGAAGAAGGGGUGUGUCUGUGUGUGCGUGCCUGUGUGUGUGUGCACCAUGCACGUGUGCACACAUGUGUAUGUGUGCUGCGUGUGCGUGUGCACACAUGUGCCCACGCAUGCCUGUGUGGACCUGCACAUGUGUGCACGCAAGUGUAAGUGCGUGGUGACAGGGAGGGGACCUCCUGCUGCUGCAUGAAUGGGCCAGCGCUAAGCCCCACGCUGAAUGGCAGGGUUCUAGCUGGGUGCUGUGCUUCCUUCUCCCAGGCCUGCCCCAGGGCCCAGGGGACCUUGAAUGUAGUGCUCCCCACCCCCCAUGGAGGGCGCUGGACAGGUCUGUGGGAAGUGGGGGGCCCGGGAUGAGCCUUUGCCUGGGUCCCUGGGUGUGGGGGGGGCUGGCAGGGGGUGCACACUCAGCCAGACCAGCCGAGAUCACACAUGAUGACACAGUGUCCCCUGGGUCAGGCUGUUGGACCACAGCUGCUGCGGACGCUGUGUCUUUGGGCGAGCAGAGUGCAGACUGGGUCGUGGUGGUGGGGUACACUUCCUGUGGCUUACUGUCCAUGAGCCCACGAUUGCGGCAACUGUCCUGAGACCCCUGGGUAUGCCAGAACCCUCGAGAGAGGCGGAGACAGGCCACGGGGCCAGGGCAGGGUGGGGUCUCCGGCUUCCUGUGGGUGUGUGAGCAGUGGGGGGGGGGGUUGCUGUGGGCCUGGCUGCCUACUCGGCCCCCAGUGCUGCUGUUUUUCAAUAAAACCAGAGUUG